GAAUUUUUUAAUCAAUAAAAGAAUUUAAAUCAAAUAACAUGGCUGACGAAAGUUUACACACAAUACCGUUGGAUAACAACAUUGACUUCCACAUCGUAACACUUUUCGAAAGACUCGAAGCGAUGCGUAAGGACUCCCAUGGCAAUGCCAUUAAUAAUCGUCUUUCGAGCACACUCCAGCCAAAACGCAGUAUGCAUGCCGAAUUAAGAACCUUGGAGUUUUGGAGAUCCAUCAUAAGUGAAUGCUUGGCUUCAUUUUUUUACGUCUUCAUCGUUUGCGGAGCGGCUGCUGGCGCCGGAGUGGGUGCCAGUGUUUCUUCAGUGCUAUUAGCAACGGCAUUGGCAUCUGGCUUGGCAAUGGCUACACUAACCCAAUGCUUCCUAUACAUAUCUGGUGCUCAUAUCAAUCCUGCAGUAACAUUAGCAUCUUGUGUUAUACGCGCUAUAUCUCCUAUACGAGCUGCAAUGUACAUCACCGCUCAGUGUGGUGGGGGUAUUGCAGGUGCAGCAUUUUUGUAUGGUGUUACUGUCCCGGGCUAUCAAGGCAAUUUACAGGCUGCGAUUUCGCAUAGCGCCUCCUUGGCUGCUUGGGAGCGUUUCGGUGUUGAGUUUAUAUUGACUUUUGUCGUUGUGUUGACGUACUUUGUCUCGACGGACGCAUUCAAGAAGUUCAUGGGCAAUUCAGCAAUUUCUAUUGGUGCAGCAUACAGCGCUUGCAGUUUUGUGUCGAUGCCGUACUUAAAUCCUGCUCGUUCUUUGGGACCUUCAUUUGUGCUCAAUAAAUGGGAUCACCAUUGGGUGUAUUGGUUUGGCCCACUUGUUGGUGGUAUUGCUUCCGGCAUAAUAUAUGAAUACAUUUUCAAUUCUCGUAGUAAUGGUCGCAAAACAAGUGUUGACAAUGAUUCCUCAUCCAUACAUUCUGAAGAUGAUCUUAACUAUGAUUUGGACAUGGAGAAACCUAACAUGCAUAACAAAUAUCAAGGUAGCUAUCCUCGUGGUCAACCUAAAGGCAAUACACCACAAGCAGGUACUACAAAUACUUUACCGGGCAGCGGCAACUAUUGUCAAAAUCUUUAUACUGCACCACCACCAUUAUCGAAAUUUGAUCAAAAUGAACCAUUAUACGGCGGUACACGUUCUAUGUACUGUCGCUCACCAACUCUCACUCGCACAAAUCUAAAUCGUUCACAAUCUGUCUAUGCCAAGAGCAAUACAGCUAUCAAUCGAGAAAUUGUUCCACGCCCAGGGCCUUUAGUACCAGCACAAAGCUUAUAUCCAAUGCGUGUAACACAAAAUCAAGCAGCACAAUCAUCACAUCUACAAAAUCAAAAUGUUCAAAAUCAAUUACAACAACGUUCUGAAAGUAUUUACGGCAUACGUGGCUCGAUCCGACAAAAUCAACAAAAUCAGCAACAGCAAGCACAACAUCCGCUACAACAACAACAACAAGCACAUCAAACACAAAUGCAACAUGCAACCCAAACUCAACAACAUCACAUGUCACCACAUCCACAACAAACUCAACAACAAACACAAACUGCACAAGAUGGUCAACAGGGUUUUCAACCAAUUUAUGGUACACGUCAUAAUCCCACACCACUAGAUGGUAAUCUUAAAUUUGAACGUCGUCCAGAAUCAGUUUAUGGCAUGACCGUACCACGUCAUCGCGGUCAAUCUGCACAAUCAGAUGAUAGUUCCUAUGGUUCAUAUCACGGUUCAGCUGUAACACCACCUGCACGCAACGCCAAUGGAGAACCAAUAUUAAUGUAUGCUCCACCACCACAACCGAGUCAUACACAAGUAUUGGCCAAUCAAGCCAUCCGUACACAAUCUGAGCGUAAAGUAACCGCACCGGUAGUUGCGUCUCAAACACCUACAGUUGGCUCUUGUGCAGUUACCUAUGCGACCAGUCAAGGUACUCCCACACAACAGGGUCAACAACAAACACAACCACAACAACAACAACAUAUUAUGGUACAGCAACAACAGCAGCAGCAGCAACAGCAACAACAACAGCAGCAAUCACACCAACAUUAUGCCAUGUUGCCAAUGCGACCAAACUGAAAAAGACUCUCUUGGGGUCCCAACACCACAACCACAACAACUUGAUUUCAAAAAUGUGUAAGAUAUAGUACAGAAAAUUUAUAAGUCAGGACACAUGAUGUAAGUAAUGAGAACAGUGAGACUUACAAAAAAGAGAAGAUGAAGAGAGAUA